UAAAAUUGAAUAAAAGUCCUUAAAUACAACAAUCUCAAUAGUUGAGGACAUUUUUUAAACUUAAGUUUAAAUGAAUCUUCCCUAUUUAACUUUUCCAGUUCCACACGUAAAGUGAAAUAGUCAAUAAUAAUAACCAAGUGAGGCCAAAUUUUUAUCCAACCAAACACAUGACUAACAAAUAGUAAUUAAUUAAUGGUUAUUGGAGGAAGAAAAAGAAAAAAUAACACAGAUAGAUAUAUCGAUGGAAUUGUGGUGGAGUAGUAUUCUCUAUCUGAUCCUCACAUGGGCAGUCAUCCGAGCCCUCCAAUCUUUCAUGAGAUCCAAACCCAGUUCCGGCAACCUUCCGCCAGGUCCAAAACCAUUACCAGUCAUCGGAAACCUCCACCAACUCGGUGACAAACCUCACAAGUCGUUGUAUGAGCUUGCCAAGCUCCAUGGCCCCUUAAUGAGCCUCAAGCUUGGUCAAGUCACAACCAUCGUGGUUUCUUCAUCGGCGAUGGCCAAAGAAGUCCUUCAAACACACGACCACUACUUGUCCAACCGAACUAUUCCGGAUGCCCUCUAUGUUCACGGUCAUGAAAACGUUGGCCUUCCAUGGAUUCCAGUCUCUAACCUGUGGAGAAACCUUCGAAAGAUCUGUAACACUCAAUUGUUUGCAAUCAAAGUUUUGGAUACAAACCAAGAACUCAGGCGGAGGAAAGUGAAAGAGCUUUUUGAAAAAGUGGAACAGAGUAGUUUGAGUGUUGCAGCUAUCGAUAUUGGCAGUGCCGCUUUCACUUCGACACUUAGUUUGUUGUCAAACACCAUUUUUUCUGUGGAUUUGGCUGACUCAGAAUCGGAAUUAGCUAGAGAUUUCAAGGAUAUUACUUGGGAUCUAAUGAAGGAGGCUGGUACGCCAAACUUGAGUGACUAUUUCCCUUUGCUUAAGAAGAUUGACCCUUUUGGUAUAAGGCGUCGCAUGAAGAUUAUCUUUAGCAGAAUAUUGCUACUUAUGGAAGGAAUGAUCAAUCAAAGGUUGAAGCUAAGGGAAUCUUCCGACUCUGUUAAAAACGAUGACGUUUUGGAUACCCUUUUGGACAUCAUGGAACAAAACAAUAACCAAAUCAAUCGACACCAGAUAACACAUUUGUUAUUGGUACUGUUCGUCGCAGGCACGGAUACGACUGCUACCACUUUCCAAUGGGCAAUGGCGGAACUACUUCGUAACCCAGAAUCCCUAUCUAAAGCUAGGGCAGAACUCGACCAAAUCAUCGGAAAAGGAAAACCAGUUAAGGAAUCAGACGUUUCUCGGUUACCUUACUUACAAGCCGUACUAAAAGAAACGUUUCGAUUACACCCAGCAGUACCAUUAUUACUCCCUCGUAAAGCCGAAAGAGAUGUCAAAAUCAAUGGCUUCACAAUCCCAAAGGGUGCACAAAUCUUGGUCAACACAUGGGCUAUAGGAAGAGACAAUGACAUAUGGGAUGACCAAGAAUUGUUUAAGCCAAAGAGAUUCAUUGGGUCAGAAGUGGAUGUUAAAGGAAGGAGCUUUGAGUUGAUACCGUUCGGAGGAGGCCGAAGAAUAUGCCCUGGAUUGCCUUUGGCUAUGAGGAUGUUGCCCUUAAUGUUAGGGACCCUUAUCCACUCUUUUGAAUGGAAGCUCGAAAAUGGGCUUAAACCAGAGGAAAUUGAUAUGAAUGACAAGUUUGGCAUCACUUUACAAAUGGCUCACCCCUUACGAGUUGUUCCAAGUCUUGCAUAAUGUUUUUUAUUUCUAGAAACUUUUUAUUUGCAACUUCAGAUUUUAAAUAAGCUGUUUUUAUUUUGACUUAAUAAUAAUUUGUUAACAACUGAAACAAUUUGUUAGUUUCUGAUAUUAA